AUGCAACUACUGGUUGAUAUGGAUGAGAGAUUCUGGAAGAUUGAAGAGUGCAGGAACAAAGAAGUGAAAGCUGAAUGCCUACAGAAAGUGAAAAUAUUGAAAAUCAAAUAUCGCUCAUACGUGACUUUUCUCUUCAGCUGCGGUCUCUCAUAUUUUUACGGAAGAUUGAUCGAAAACAGAUUCAUGAACCUCUCAUUUCUCAAACCAAAAAAAGAUCAAUGUGGUCUUUGCAAGUGUUACAGAGAAGGAUCGGAAGAAGUAAAGGCUAAUUUGGAAAAGGAGUACUUGGCCCACAUUUUAGAAAAGGAAACGGUAAGAGAAAUAAAGAAUAGCUGCAAAGAAAAAGCUAAAAAUGAUACAAAGGUGCUACAUUUGAUCUCCAACAAAACAGCAGUCGAAGAUAAUUUGAUCUUCGAGUCUUACCUACCAGAGGGUGUCCCAUUUUGGGUUAUGUUCUUAUGGAUGCAUAUCCCUAGCUACGGCUUAUCGCUGCUAGAUAUUACUAUAGAUUGCACCGUAUUCAGCAUCAUGUCACUUACUGCCAUACAGUUCAAGCUUUUAGCAUACGAGAUGCAAAACAUUUUUGCAGAAGCUACUGAUUAUUUCACCAUAAAGGAUAAUUUCAAGACUCUCUUAAACGACACCUUAUCAACAAUGAUGCUUAUGUACCUUGGAAUGGUUAUAUUGAUUCUGUGCCUAGAGAUGUACUAUAUUAUGACUAUGGAUUCUUUCCAAGAAAUCGCCCGUGCAUUUUUUUAUGCAGCAUUGAUAUUCUUCGAGUUCCUCAUUUGUUAUUGCGUUCCUUCCCAGGACAGAUGGUACGAGCACGUGGGUAGCACCGCACCAUACGGUAAAGCAAUGGUGUUACUUCAAGGAAAAAGUCAAAUGAGUGUCAUGCUCACAGCUGGUGGCUUUCUCAACAUGGACCUGCAAACAGGACUAGCGACUUUGAAGACGAUGGUUUCCUACAGCAUGUUUUUGAAAACUAUGGCGGGGCUUGAAGAUGACAUGAAAUAA